AUGGCUACGGGUGGUAGUUCUAAUGAUAUACCUGAUGAUGAUUUUGAUGAGAAGAAACCAUUGUGGAAGUAUAUAACUAAAUUAGCAAAACCUGGGAAAGGAGGAGGAAAUUGCCAAUUACAAUGUAAAUUUUGUAAUAAUACUUUCAAAAGUUCAUAUACAAGAGUAAGGGCACACUUGUUAAAACUCCCAGGAAAGGGAAUUGGUGCUUGUAAGAAAGUGACAAGUCAAAAACUUUCACAACUACAAAAUGAGAAUGAUGCUGCUGAGCUGAGAAUUAAAAAUGCUCUUCCAAAAAAUGUACCAUUGCCUCCUUCCAUUGUAUCAGUGGGUAGUAGUUAUGCUUAUGAAUCAAAGAAGAGGAGAACAUGUGAGAGUGGGAGUGGGAGUGCGCCUGGGAGUGGGAGUGGAAGUGCUAUUGAGAAAGCAUUCAACUUGAAGGAUAGAGAGCAAUUGCAUUUUGAAAUUGCUAGGAUGUUCUACUCGGGGGGGGUACCUUUUAAUCUUGCAAGAAAUCCUUACUAUGUUAGCUCUUACACAUUUGCUGCAAAUCAUAAUAUUCCUGGAUAUUUGCCUCCCGGUUAUAAUUUGUUACGAACCACAUUACUUCAAAAAGAGAGGGCAAACAUUGAUAAAUUGUUGCAACCAAUUAGGGGCACAUGGAAGGAAAAACGGGUGAGCAUUGUUAGUGAUGGUUGGAGUGAUUCUCAAAGGAGGCCUUUGAUUAAUUUUUUGGCGGUGAGUGAAAGUGGGCCUAUGUUCAUUAAAGCAGUUGAUUGUUCUGGAGAAACUAAAGACAAAUAUUUCAUUUCAAAUUUGAUGAAAGAAGUGAUUAAUGAGGUUGGGCCAAGUAAUGUGGUUCAAGUCAUCACGGAUAAUGCUCCUAAUUGUAAGGCAGCCGGACAACUCAUUGAAGGUCAAUUCCCUCAUAUUCUAUGGACUCCUUGUGUGGUGCACACAUUAAAUCUAGCUUUGAAAAAUAUUUGUGCCGCAAAGAAUAUUGAGAGGAAUGAAGUCACAUAUGAAGAAUGUAGUUGGAUUACUGAUAUUGCCGGAGAUGGUUUGAUGAUUAAGAAUUUUAUCUCUAAUCACUCAAUGUGA